UACACAGGCAUAAUUUAUAGGCACUAGAGAAGAGAACUGGCGGCCAUUUUGACAAGGAAGUAGUGUGCGAUAUAGAGACCCAUUCUAGGUUCGCCCAAGUCCUUGAGGUUCGCCAGUGCUUACACAGCUUGUUUAUUUUCUUACUCGGAAACUCGCGAUCUGUCCAGGCUCUACUAAGUACUACUACCAUCUGCUGCCAUGCCGUUCGUGUGUAUUUUCGGUACCCGGUUGUUCGGGGCCUGUGACUACUUCAGUGUGGAGGGGCAGGAAAUGUUCGUGCGAACCAAGUUCUACCACUUCAACUUCAUGCCGUGUGCUCCGGAAGAGAGCUUCCUGUUCGUGGCAGACGGGCGAGCUAUCGAACUACCCGAGGUAGUGGGCAGGUCCGUGGGGUGGGCGUGGCUUCGGUACCUGGCCUGGGUGGUCUUUCUGACUGUCAUGUGUGUGGCAGUCAUCUUCUUAACAACGGGACUUACUGAGGAGGCAUGGCCGUGGGCACUGGUCGCCCUGUCCGUCGUGUGUUUGGGCGUCGCCAUUUUCGUCACAGUCUACAAACCAAAAGCCAGCGAAGAGAGCAAGCAGGAGUACCUCAACAUGGUCGGACAGGUGGUCGCCCGGCGGUACCUACACGAGCAGAUGGCAGCCGCAGCGGCUGUUCAUGGCGGGCCGGCUCAUGAAGUCGUUGCCAUCGAGCAGCCGCCACCCUACCCAGGCCUACACAAGGACAGCGUCAAUGUGGCCCCCGCCGGUGUCCCUGCUGCUGGUAGUCCCACUGUCAUCCCUAACACUGGGUACCCCAACACUAGUACUGCUGUCCCAACCACUGGGCAACCCAAUGUGGUGUAACUGUAAGAUCAAAUUGAGAGCAUGUAUCUGUCUGUAUCUGUAUAGCCAGUAUAACCUGGGUGUAACACACCAGCUUCUGUAUUUGUGUAGCCAGUAUAACAGCCCUUUGACGUAACACACCAGCUUCUGUAUUUGUAUAGCUGGUAUAACUGCCCUUCGGCGUAACACACCAGCUUCUGUAUCUGUAUAGCCGGUAUAACCGCCCUUUGGCGUAACACACCAGCUUCUGUAUCUGUAUAGCCAGUAUAACCGCCCUUUGGUUUAACACACCAGCUUCUGUAUCUGUAUGUAUAGCCGAUAUAACAAGGACAGGUGUAUAACUGAUAUUUGAAGGCAUGACUGGUUCUGUUUCUUGUUGAUGUAACAUACUGAGACUAGAAAGACAGUAUAUACAGCAAGUACAUGAAAGAGGUAGCCCUAGUCGACAUGGCUUUUAUCCUUCUAGCCUUGCUUACACUGUAUAAAGGUAACUCGGUAGUGAAAACUCCCAGUGUGUAACUGCCCCGUGACACAAGCGUAAAAGAUACUUAUGUACAUAUAUGUAGUACUUAUUCUAAUCGAGACAUCUAGAUACAACCUGUUAUGCUACAUGACAUUUGAACUAUUUUUGUUUGUUCAAGCUUAUGUAGACACCAGUUUUGAUUAAUGAUAACAAGAAAAAUGCAAAUUUAUGCAACAAAAUUGGAAAUGGUCAAAUAAUAACAAACAGUAAAAAUGAGCAGAAAAAACUAGAAAAUACUCAAUACUUAUGAUUUGAUGCUGUUACCUGCACAAUAUAUGGUGUAUUUACACUUUUAGUGAUUCAGAUUUAGAUACUUGUACUUUGAAUUUGCUUUCAAGGAAGAAGAGAUCUAUUUUUGUGAUGUUUGGUGAAAGAAGUGACUGGAGGUAACUUUUUCAAGAAGGUGCCAAGGAAUCUUUAAGCUGCCAAGACUUGUAAUGCUGUAGUGGCGAGGAGUGAAUUGGGUGUAUGUAUAAUGUUAUAAUAUUUAUAUAUACAGUUUGACAUUAGGAUUGUAACAUAAAUCCAGAGCACUUGUAGACUGAAUACACAGGGUAUGCUGGAAAGUAUGGAACAUUUGUAAAUACUUGAAUUCUGAUUGUAAAUUCAGAUAUUAUAACGUUAAGUGUAACCUGGAGAAUAUGUGACAACUGUUUUGAUAUGCUAUAUAGUACCUGCUAUAUUCUAGAACUUAUAACUAAUCACAUAGAGUGUACGAUUGAAAUGUAAGAAAUGAAUUAUUAAAAUGAUAUGAGAGUAAA